GUAAAAGUCAUUUCUAUUAAUUAAUUAAGUCAGUAAAGUUGUGCAUAAAAAUCUCAUACAAAAAUUAUCCAAAAAAGAAAAUUUUCACUCAUUGGAAAAUUUUUAAAAAUGGAAGAUUGCAAAAAGAAUUCAUCCAUAAUCGACAAUACAAAAUGCUCGUCAGCAGUCGAGCAAAGCAAAAAAACUAGUUUGCCACAAAAAACCGACCGUCCACUGUGUACUGCUGGAAGUUUCAACACAUCAACAGAACAAUAUUCGUUUGAGAAUCAAUCAUCAUCAUCGUACAAUUCUGAUCAUCAACAUCAUGUAAUUGAUAGUCACUUAAGUUACGAUAUUGAGGAUGAUAUCAUUAAUAUGGACGAUGAAAGCAAUCACAGUUAUGUAUUCUUACAACAGCAGACACAUUAUACGCCACCUCCUGUAGAAUUUCAAGAAGGCUCCACGCCGCAACAUCAACCGUCAUUAAUUAAGAAAGGCUCCAUCAUGAGAAACAAUCCUGAGUUGAUGAAGAGAAAUAGACAAAAUAAUUCUAGUUAUGAGCUGUCACAAGAUUUGUUGGAUAAGCAAAUUGAAUUGCUGGAAAGAAAGUACGGUGGAAUUAGAGCACGAAAAGCAGCAGUUUGUAUACAACGCGCCUUCCGUCACUAUAAAAUGGUUAAAAAAUUUGCCUCUAUCACGGCAAUGGCAAAGGCUGAUAAGAGAAUAUCAAAUAGAUGUAGCAUGCAAUCUCUAAUUAGUGUAGGUGAUGAAUCUCAUCAAGAUAUUGGGGGAAGUCAAGCGGGACAAAAAGUCUGUGCAAUAAUAUCAGCAACAAAUCCUGGCCAACAGAGAACGCCUGCUAAUCGUGCCGUGUCAUUUCGAGAGCGUCGUAAUGUAUUGGAUUCAAAUUUCAAUCAAGUAACGCCUGUAGUGAAACGUCAACCACUUUCCCAAAGUAAUUUUCAGCAAAAUCCGUCACAAAAUCAAUCUCAUGCAUAUGUUAAUUUGUUACAUCAACAAGAUCAGCAGUACAAUAAUUAUCAGAAUUAUCAUAGUCAUAAUAAUAGCAAUCUUAAUAACAACUAUGCUAUUUCAAGUAACAAUAGUUCACUUAAUAAUUCUUCAAUUCAUCAGUUUGAUUUAAAUAUGUCAUCGGCAUCUUCAAAUGUAAAUACAACAAUGAACUCAUCAUGGAAUUCAUAUAGUAAUAGCCCGAAUGCAUCAUUAAUUGCUCAACAGCAGCAACAACAACAACAGCCAAUAAACUAUAUAAGACCGAGAGCAUCAAGUAUUUCUAAGAAAGUUCCACCAGAAGUUCCAAAAAGAACUAGUAGUAUACAGAAUACACCACCAAAAUACCAACAAAUUUCACAUGUGCCACAUCAUCAUCACAAUAAAAAUAAUCAUUAUCAUCAUCAUCACCAUCAUCAUGUUCAGCACAUGCAAAUGAAGCAUUCUGCAUCACAAAAUCAGCAGCAAUUUUAUAAGGCCGAGAAUGGAAAUCAUUCAUCGCCAGAUUCACUUUCGUUAUCUUCAAAUUCACCAAUUCCAAAUAACUGGCAACAUCAGACAACAAUUGAACAGCAACAACUUAUUCUACACCAACAAUAUAUUAUGGAACAGAAGCUAAUACAACAACAAUUGAUUCAAAAACAGAAUGAAAUUCAACUCCAAGCUAAAUUGUCAGAAACGAUACGAAAACGCCAAUAUCGUAUUGGAUUAAAUUUGUUUAAUAAAAAGCCUGAAAAAGGCAUAACAUACCUAAUGCACAAAAAUUUCCUUGAAAAUUCACCACACGCCGUAUCGAAAUUUUUAAUAUCUCGGAAGGGAUUAUCUCGUCAAAUGAUUGGUGAAUAUCUCGGUAAUAUUCAACAGCCAUUUAAUAUGGCUGUUUUGGAAUAUUUUGCUGAAGAAAUGGACUUUUCUGGAUUAGCCACAGACGUAGCAUUGAGAAAAUUCCAAGGAUACUUUAGGAUGCCCGGUGAGGCACAAAAGAUUGAAAGACUAAUGGAGGUGUUCUCACAUCGGUACAGCAUGUGUAAUCCUGACGUCAUUUCAAAAUUGAGAUCACCGGAUACGAUUUUUGUUUUGGCAUUUGCAAUAAUCAUGCUUAAUACAGAUCUCCAUACUCCUAAUUUAAAAGCCGAUCGUCGAAUGAAAUGUGAAGAUUUCAUAAAAAAUCUUCGUGGAAUUGACGACUGCAUGGAUAUUGAUAAAAAUCUUUUGAUUGGCAUCUAUGAGCGUAUUAAAGAGACUGAAUUUAAGACAGCAUCGGAUCAUGUAACUCAAGUCAUGAAAGUUCAAAAAACCAUUGUCGGUAAAAAGUUAAAUUUGGCAGUUCCACAUCGAAGAUUGGUAUGCUAUUGCCGGUUAUACGAAAUUGACAUUAAUAAAAAGGAACGUCAAGGUUUGCAUCAGCGUGAAGUGUUUCUUUUUAACGAUUUGCUUGUUGUAACGAAAAUUUUAACAAAAAAGAAAUCAUCUGUAACGUAUACAUUUAGAAACUCCUUCUCGUUAGUAGGCUUAGUUGUCACUCUUUUGGAUGUGCCAAAUUACCCAUUUUGCAUUCGUCUAUCGCAAAAGGUUGACGGAAAAGUUCUUGCCACAUUUAAUGCUCGAAAUGAGCACGAUAGAUGUAAAUUUGCUGAUGAUUUACGUGAGUCCAUAGCCGAAAUGGAUGAAAUGGAAUCAAUUCGUAUCGAAAUAGAACUUGAGCGACAAAUGAAGACAAAUCGUUGUGUUGGAAGUGGUAUGAACAAUAAUAAUGUAGAGAAUCGUGAUAGUGGUGUCGGUGAUAUUGAUGCUAUAGAAUUUACCACAUCUAAAUCUUUUGAAACCAAAUCCUCAUCCAAUAAUGAUGUCCAAAAUGGUCAAUUAAAACGUGGCGGAGCACUCAGCAACUCCUUAUUGGACAUCCAUGAUCAAUUUGGAAAUGAGUGCAGACAGAGACGAGGCAGUGUCGGAUCGCUCGAUUCAGGAAUGUCAAUUUCAUUCCAAUCAACAUCCACAAAUAAUAACAAUGCUUCCAAUGGUAAAAAUGCUGAAAAUUCAGCAUACAUCCAACAGCAACAACAGUCUACCAGUGCUAAUAUACGUCAGGUACAGCCACCAAAUAAUGUUAUAAUUCCACCAUUACUUCCAAAUAGUGCGUUAUAUCAGUACAAUAAUGAUCAGAUGAUACAUAUGCAUGAAUUAUAUGAAGAACAUCAUCGCUUACAUGCCGAAGCCACUGGACGUUCAACUGAUGUUUAAAUUACUGCAAAACUUUUCUUCAACUUAAUUAAUCAAAAUUAUCGAUUAGAAUCAAACUCAUUUGAAAAAUGCGUGUCAUGUUUAAAUUUUGUUUUAAUCCUUCAUGUCGAAUUCCAAAGAUUUGUUCAGCUUCCUUUAUUUGUUUGAAUAUUAUUUUUUUCGUGUACAAUUUUGUUUGUUUUGUUAUUUUGUACCGCGUGUGGUCAUAUUAUAUCCAUAUAUAAUUAAUUAUAAGUAAGGUAUAUGUAAUCGAUCGAAAAAAAAAUGAAUCAUAAUGAGAAUGAAAAUGGCUCACUUACAAUCAAGCUCAUUCAAUUAUAGUUUUUAUUUUUGAAAAUUCCAAAGGAUCUCAAAAAGUUAUAUUCCUUCCAUAAAAUUCCUUCAUCAAUUCACUCUUUUCCCUCUUAAUUGAGCUCUUUUCGUUAUCAAUGAAUUGAUUUGAUGACACAAAAUUUAUUAAUUAACUUGAAAAACUGUGGAAAAUUGUUGAUUGAUCAGUCAGUCAUUCAAGUAAUAAUAAAAAAAAAUACAAUAAUAGUAAUAUGAUUGAAAAGAGAGUAAAAAAAUGAAAAAUUAACUGUAGAAUCUUAUUUUUUAUACCGAAAAAUUAAAAUAAUG